GUGUUUACAUGAUCCAUUGGGAAAAAAAGAGCCAUAUAUUUAUGCAGGGAUCCAUAAAGAAAUACUCUUCAGAUAUACACAUGUACAGCUUYUACAUUUACAGCUUAAGAGAAGUGAAACAUCCAAAUGACUCUAGUUCAACAUGCMACAUAGUAAACAGAAACUAAACCUUGCUUAUUGGUUGCACUACUACCUUUUUGAUAAGGAUGGUAUAUCAGURAAUCUCAUUUUAUUGUUUUAAGGAACCUUUGUAAAGUUAUCAAGAUAAAAAAWUUUUUUUGGAAGUUGUCAGCAUAGAUAAUAAGCAAAAUAUUUAUUUUGACUUUACAGUGUAUUACAGAAUGCAUGUCAGUUGCUUUGGGAAAUAUAUUACUGAAUUAUUCUCCCAAGAGACUUCAAGGAUGGGUUUAUAUACUGUAUAUGUAUAUAUAUAAAUCAUUGAAGUAAUUUCACUGAACUAAAUAUUUUUUACAGUAUUGGAACUUGAACUGAAGAAAAGGUUUUAAGAAGUGGAGUAUUUCCACCAGCUACAUCAACUUGACUGGAUGAUGUUUUAAAGAAGCUAAAUAAGUGUAACCCCAUUUAUAAUGGCCACAAUUUAACAUAUGCUCCCAGCUUGAUCUGCCUGCCUUUUAACAAAAMUUGCUUCCWGAAAAGCUUAGCACAACACUMAUGUAUUUAGUGUUUGAUGGUGUAAGUGAAGAUACUCGACAUCUCUUCACUUGGACUUAUGGGAUGAUUMAAGUGUUCUGAGGUCAUUUUUWAAAAAUGUAUUGURCUUUGUUUACAUAGGUUUUCAUGUUGCAACAGAUGACGCAAAAAUGAUUCGUUCUCAGGCUUCCAAGAUAGACAAGGGAAAGUCAGGCUUGCAAGAUAGUCAUGUUUUUUUUCUUUCAUGCUUCUAUGAGAAACUUAAUGUAUGAAUUUUUUUAGUUAUAAUGUUUUAGACUGUUACAAAACCAACUGAUAUGUGGUAUUCUUCGUGUUUCUGGAAACUAUAAGCAAUACCAUGCAUUUUAAAAUGCAUGGUAUUGCUUAUAGACUUAAUCAUCAUCUAAUUAGUAGCAUUGUCAGGGUGGUGGCAUCAUCAUGCUGUUCUUCAGAAUGGACAGCUGGUCGGGUGAUUUGAUAGGAAGAUGGACGGAGCUAAAUGCAGGUCAAUCCUGUAAGAAAACUUGAAACUGGAGAGGAGAUAAACUUUCCAGAUGAACAACUCCCUAAACAUACAGCCAGAACAGUAAUGGUGUUAAGAUCAAUGUUUUCGAAUAGACCAGUCCAAACCACUCUUAUCUUUGGAUGUUCAAAGCUGGUAGAGACAUAACAAAAAGACAUGCAGCUUGAACUGCAGAAACAGGAGGUUCUACAAACUAGUUUACCCGGUGGGACUGAAUUCAUAUGCAUGGCCUAUUUGUUUUAGCUUUAAGAAACCCAUCCUCUCUUUCCUCAAAACAAUUGUGCACAAAAAAAAUCCCAAUACGUAACAUUAAAUUGUGUGGUUGUUACAUGACAGUAUUUGAAUGGGCCAAAGAACACUCUUAUGAAGCUCUUUAUAAUGCAUAAUUAUUACAUAUGAGCUAAGCCAGAAAAAAAGCAUGUCUAUUUAACUACCUGUAUUUUGUUUGUAAGUUUUGAGCUCAGUAUUACCAGUUAGUCUCCGCCCCUCGUUUCUGUAGCUGUGUUGUUGGCCCAAAAACUUGAAGAUACGACACGACCUGGUGAAUUUUGGACUUCUGAUUAUUAAAAGUUUGAACUUUAAAAGGGACCUGUAACUCAAGAUGUCUAAAAGCGAGACAGAAGAGUUGAUAGAAAUCGAGAUUGAUGAACGGGAGAAACAGGCUUGCCUAGAGGAAGGCAUUGAGGAGCAGACCAUCACAGCGUCUGAUUUGAUUCAACAAGAUAUUGACAUCAAUGAGCCCAUUGGCAAUCUGAAGAAGCUUUUGGAGCCUCGCGUCCAAUUCUGUCUGGAUGGAUUYGACAUCUGCUUACAAGACAUUCAGCUUCACCCGGAUCACAGCCUCUUCGAUCAGGGGGUAAAGACGGACGGCACCGUGCAGCUCAGCCUGCAGAUCAUUGCCAAACCAGGGGAGGAGAAGCUGAACAUUCUGGAAAUAGUGAAGCCUGUAGAAACGGUAGAAGUUGUGAUUGACCCGGAUGCGGCGGGAGAAGAUGGGUCGUUGGUGGAGGAGGGACAGCUCAUCGCAGUAGAGCGGUCCUCCCUGUCCGAUGAGACGUCGGAGCAGGUGACGCGCUGGGCCGCCGCGUUGGAAGGUUACCGCAAGGAGCAGGUCCGGCUCGGAAUACCGUACGAUCCUUUGCUCUGGACAGCUGACCAGGUGAUCCACUGGGCUGUGUGGGUCAUGAAGGAAUUCAACAUCGACGAGAUGGAGAUCGGCAGCAUCCACAUCCCCGGCCGAGAGCUCUGCAGUUUCAACCAAGAGGAGUUCCUUCAGAAAGUGCCCAACGGAGAGAUACUGUGGAGCCACCUGGAGCUGCUGCGCAAAUAUGUGUUGGCCAGUCAGGACCAGUCGGGGGGGGACGCCACUGUCACUAUAGAUCAACCUGUUCAGAUAAUUCCAGCUCAAGUGAGCACGCCUACCGCUAUAAAAGUACUCAAACACAACCGGGGCCCCAGAGCGCCCAGAAUUUCAGGAGAGGAGCGCAGUUCCCCCGGCAACCGCACAGGUAACAACGGUCAGAUCCAGCUGUGGCAGUUCCUGCUGGAGCUUCUGACGGACAAAGAUGCACGAGACUGCAUCUCCUGGGUCGGGGAGGAGGGAGAGUUCAAGCUGAACCAGCCGGAGCUCGUGGCACAGAAAUGGGGCCAACGCAAAAACAAGCCGACGAUGAACUACGAGAAGCUCAGCAGAGCCCUGAGGUACUACUACGACGGGGACAUGAUCAGCAAAGUGCAGGGCAAGCGCUUCGUCUACAAGUUUGUGUGCGACCUGAGGACUCUGAUUGGCUAUAGCGCCGCCGAGCUCAACAGCCUGGUGACGGAGUGCGAGCAGAAGAAACUGGCUCGCAUUCAGAUGCACGGCCUCGGACAGCCCAUCACCACAGUAACGCUGGCCACCACACUGGACAAGGACAGCUGAAGGAGGCCGCGGCRCUGGCUGGAAAUCAUGCGUCCCUUUAGACACAAAGCUGAUCCCCGAUCUGUGUGAGGAUUAAAAAAAAAAAAAACUUUGUUGUAUACACAGUUAAAUUCAGCUUAGACUGAGGCAGGUGUUUUUUUUUAGCUUUUCACUAACUCUACCCAACAGAGGCGAGCUCAGGAUGAGGAAAGAAUGUGUUUAUAAAUACAGAUUGUCGUGUGCAUGGCUGAGUGACUGAAACUGCUAUUAGAGGCUCGGUGUUGUGCGCUCCUUGUCUGUAACCCACUGUAUAUACAAAUAUGUCAUGUUUUUUUGAUAGCCACGAAGGCAAGUGUAUUUUCAUAAGACCCAUUUUGUAUUUUAUUUAGUGCGUUUCCCUGAAGUGCUGGACCCUUUUGUGUCCACUUUGGGGGAAUAAAGUGACAAACAUUUUCUAUCAACGUUGUGUGAACUGUAAAUCUUUUCCAGAUAAUCCCACCCCCAGUUAUGCCCCACAGAAGAAAAAAAAAACAGCCACAGUCAUAUGUACAUUCAAAAUUUAUUUAUGGAAUGGGGGAGUGUAGAAAGCUUUUCUGACUUUAAGCAAAUGUUUCAAACCWCACACAAAAGGAAGGUCACCAAACCAAUGAAGGGGGGGGAGAAAGCAUUUAAUUAAACAUUCACCUGAUUUAAGAGCUUCAGUUGGUGUCUGUACAUUUGCAGAGGUGAUAUGUGUUGUAUUUUUAUAAUAAUGCAAUAUAUGCAUGUCACAUUCAUGGUAACUAUUAUAAUAACUUAAGGGGAGUUGAACACGUCUCUCGCUUCGAGGAGCAUUACAACAGAUAUGCAAGGAAAGAAACGUUACAGCACUGUACAUGUAUACACAGCAGAUGUAGAAAAAUAGAAAGGGUUGAUUUGGUGAAGGAAUGUUUGUGGUGUAAAUACAGAACCGUCUGGAGAACAUCUGAGCACUUUCCAGUAAGUACUGCCCUCGCUAAUGUCUGAUUAACAACUCCUGCUCUGUACAAUAUUGCUGCCAGAUCUGAAACAAAAAGGGUCGAUGUGAGGAGUUGGGGGGAUUUUUAGACGAGGACAAAAGAGCAGACAACUGGAAACCCAUCACUUCAGCGGCUCAACAAACCCAGAUGCUCCGUCGGCCAAGUAUUUACAAUCAAGAUAUUAGUUAAAUCAGGAAUGAUAUGCUUUACUAAAAACAAAAACAGCUUUCUAAAGCUUAACAUGAAAGGGGGACAGCUCAGGAUCCAGAAGCGAGGUUCUGUUCGAGGUUCGAAGCAGUUACUAUCUUACAGUUUUUACUGUUUGUGUCUUCAUUUAGUAUCAAUCCAGGUGAUUUGAUCCUCGAGGCUUAAAGCAACUCCAAAACUUUAAAAAACAUCAACAGCAUAAGAAAAAUAGUGCAAAAUGCUGAUUUUUAAACUGCCUCACUUGUCUGACCAGGAAAGCUUUUACACGUUCCACUCUCAGCGCGCGUUUCACACAGGAAGGUCAUCGGUGGCGCACCGCCUCCAAUAUCCAUCUCUGAGGUAAAUGAUCAAUCGCUUUUGUAGAAAUACCCACUGACUGCAAAUGUGACUAUGGCUCAAAUAUGUACAGUAUAAAUAAAUAAUAGUCAAAUACAUGAUUUUCUCACAGCAGGUUUAAAAGCAUAGAAACAUAUUUUUACUGUUGAAUUAAAUUGUAAUUUUUACCCUCCUAAUAUUACAGAUGCAGAGCUGCAAGAGGUCCUGCAACACAUAAGCAGCUCAGAGUUUCUCCUUGCUGCUGUGCCUGAAGCUUUGCUCAUAUUAAGUCAAUUUAAAGAGUAAAACUUGAUAUUUUCACAUGCUUUUUAUUGAGAUUUCUUCUGAGACCUUUGCUGUGCGUGCAACGAUGCUCGCACGACUCACACGCAGCAUGGCGGGUUAGAGCGAGGUGAACACUAAAUUAUCCGCAGCAGGCAAGAUACUAACUGCUUACGCUCUUUCCACAGAACCUCGUUGUAAAAUCCUGGACCACCCCUUCAAUCUUCGUUCUAAAACAAAAGAAGAGAUCACAAAGUGCGGCGACAGUCGGCAUCAAAAUUAACGCUAUUCAUAUUUGGUGAUAACAGCCAGGCUUCGGAAAUGACGAGUGCAUAGAAACGCAAACAGUAACACGAUCUUCUUCCUUUCAGAUUCUAGUAGAUUUCAUAUUUCACACGAGGAGAGAGCAUUUGGCCCAUGCAGCUAACGCAACAGUGAAGCAUGGAGAUGAGCGGAUUUCAAUUAAAGCGAGUCUGUGCGACGACAAAGCAGAACAUAUUCUCAAUACUUUUUUUUUUUUUUUUUCCUCCUUCAUAUCACGAGAUCACAAAGUUGACACUGGAAAUAUACAAUCCUGCUAAAAUAUCUAAGAGGGAGG